AACUUGAAGCCAUGCGGGACCAACGCUAUGCUGUCUGCCCCGAGGACAAGAAUGCACGAAUACAUACACUGACAGCUCUAAGCAGUGCCAAACGAAUAAAACAGAUCUCAGGUACCCAUAGACAUCGAUGUGUUCUGGACGAGUCGAGUCGAAACCCCAUCAACCUGCCGCCAUUUCAACGGUUCUAUCUUGGUUCUAUCUGUCAAUGCGCCAUCAUCAUGUCAACUCCUUGUCCCUCCUCUCGCCGAUAUGUACCUCAGCACCGGAGUAACCAAUGCCGCUCUUCCUUCCCCCCGUCGUGCACUGCACCGCACCUACGAUCUUUCCACCGUGGUCCCUCUUCCUCCUUUCCUUCUCCGCGUGUAUAUCUACUAACUUAUGUUCUGCUUAUAUCCGUUCUCCGCUGCAUUCGUUCUCACCUUUCUUGCUGGACCUGUGUUGGGUGGGGGCAACACCACUUGCGCUGGGAGCGCACUCGACUGGUACACCGACACAGUCGGCGAGACACCAUGUAUGACCUACCAGCGACUGCGCCAGAUCUGCAAUAGCGACUACGAGGUCCCAUCCUUCCGUCCUAAUACCCCUGGGGACAACUGCGAUGAUCAGCUAUCCGCCUGCUGCUGCAACUCGAUCGCAUGGGCAUUGAGCAUGCUCUGCAUGAACUGUCAGUGGGAUGUAGACGGUGGUAGUGCCAACGGGAUCGAUGCUGGUGUACCGGCUUACUACUGGUACCGAUUCAGCGACAGCAACGGCCAGUACUGUGGGGACGGGACGAAUCAAACCCUCCCAUCGAAUAUCGAGCAGGCCGUUUGCAAUCAGGGGAUCAAGCUGGAGAACUUUUUGUACCGCCUAUUCUGGAACACCGGUGCAUGGUUUUAUACAUAUACCAGGGAGACUGGCGAACAAGACCAUGCGGCAGACGGGACCAACAUCUAUCAUUGUGCUAGCAGCACGACAUCGUCAACGCCUAGCAAAUCUAGCGCUCCAACCUCCUCAAGUAUAGGAACUAUAAUCCAGCCGACAACAGCCCCUACUCAGACACAAAGUGCGCCCGUGCCCGGCUCGUCUUCCCCUGCUGCUUCCACAGCCAGCGCCGAAUCAAGUUCAUCGUCGGCGUCAUCGGAAUCGACUCGCCUUUCUUCCUCUUCAUUCGUCACGACGCUCGAAUCGCGCACGACCGUGGAUGGAACAGCGACGUCCGUUCCAUACAUCACGACCGUCGUGACUACCGUCCCGUCCUCUACGGCUAACGGGACUGCUGUGGGCCUUGGGGCAGCGGGCAGCGGGAAGAAGACCAGCACUGGCGCCAUCGUUGGCGGUGUAGUAGGCGGGGUGGCUGGUCUCCUCUUGCUUGGCGUCCUCGUUGGAUGCCUGGCUAGGAGAAAGCGCAGUGGUGCAGGCGCGCCUGUCAUCAUCACGGACACGGCUGCAACGAGUCCAUCGUCUGGCCCUAUGAGCCCGAACAUGGUCGAGAGGAAUUUUGCCACUCCGUUCCUCGCGCCAGCAUCAACAAGUGAUCCGUUUGCCAAUCCGGCGCCUAUGGGGAAAUGGGCGCAGAUGCAGCUCAACGCUUCCGGGUACACUGCGCCUAGCUCGACCUCGCAUUCCGGCUCGAGCUCUAGCACGACAUCAGUCUCUGGGCCUGGUUUCAGUUCCCGUGAAGCCCUGCAUCCUGUGCGCGCACCCACGGAGAGUGCGAGCAGCUACAGCCAGGUGGACGUUGCGCCGCACGCAGGGCUGUCAGACGUGAUGGGCCCUGUUGUACAGGAGGAGGAUGCCGGAAGGCUGACAGGCGGUGGCCUGCGUUUACCGCCUGCGUAUCAGAGCGAAUGGAAUGCUGAGUAGUUUUUUGUUUUGUAUUUGGGACGUUGACAUGCACUGUUGUGUUGGAUGGCCAUUGUGUGGCAUAACGAUUGUAGGCAGUCGUCGUGCUGGUCCUCGUCUAGGCAACGUGAGGACGUUCGACACUAGUCUCGCCGCAAGACCCUCCACGUGAGGGUUGUGUCGAACCCACGUCCGACACCUCUUUUAUGUUGGUUCCGUGCUGUGCGGUUCUGGGCCGUUCAUUACUUGUCUAACGUCUAACCUCCACGCGCAUGCGUGACAGCGAGCGCUGCGCUACUGAGGGUGCUGUUGACGUUGACGCUG